UAACAGGAUUUCAUAGAUGCAUUAAGAAGUGGAAAGAGCGCAUGGAUUGGUUUGAGUGACAAAGUCACUGAGGGCACAUGGAAAUGGGUGGACAAUACAUUACUGACCACUAACUACUGGUGGAGUCAAGAGCCCAAUAAUUUAAAUGAAGAUGAAGACUGUGCUGACUUUGCUUCUGUUCCAGAUGAUGGAAGGCCACCAACAAAUAGCUCAAACACAUGGAAUGAUCAUUCAUGCCGUAGCAGUUUAUUUUGGAUAUUUGAGAAAAGCUUUCCCAUUUAAGUCUCUGUGAAGAGCAAACACAUUGCAAACACUCAUAGCUGAGCCACCACUUAGGACUAAAUCUGCAUUGCAUUGUACUGCUAUCAUAAAUGUGUUCCUAAUAAACUGAACAGUGAGUGUAUUUUCAUACAUUUCUUCAGUUGACUCCUUUUGUUCACACCUGAUGCUGUAAGCUAGCUGUCUUUAAUACACUUACUUAAGAAUGAAUGCUUUUUGAGCCUCCUUCAUCAGUGAGAAGGUACACAAAAUACAGUUCCAGUGCAAAAGUGGGGGAAAAAACCCCAAACAACUCGAAAUACGAAUUCCUGACAAAUCCGUACCUAUUCAUGUAUAUGUAUAAAAUAUAUAAUACAUAUGUUGAGUUGAUUACUGUCUUUAGUGGGUCUGAACAUAGGGUGGAUAAAAAAAAGACAGAGACUGCAUGUUUUUUUUAUAAUUUCAGAUUUUUUUUUAUUAAACAAAACAAACAAUUUUCUUUAUACCAUAAUGUUGACCUUUAAAAUGCUUUUAUUUUUAUUUGGAAAUAUUGUUACAUCAUCCUGAAACUAAUAUACUGGGGGUAUGAAGAAAUGCGCUGAACUGGUUUUUUUUUAUUUCCUCCUUAUCUGCUUUUACUCCAGUAGCUUGAACUUUAUGCUAAGAGAAAUGUAAAAAAAAAGCCCCAGAUUUGCAGAACAAGCACUGAAAUGACUAAAAUGUUAUCUUACUGUUUAUAAGCCUUAUAUCUGACACAAUCUCCAACCAAUUACAGAGCAACAUGCAACAUGCACAUCUCUGCCUUUCUCUCUCUCUUUACCUCUCUCUCUCUCUCUCUCUCUCUCUCUCUCUCUCUCUCUCUCUCUCUCUCUCUCUCUCUCUUUUUCUCUCUCUCACACACACAGCACGCCCAGUUUCUUGUGCUACUCGGACUAACAAAAGCCACAUUUUGUCUACAUUAUGGCCUCAAAUCGUGGUAUUAAUCUUAAGAAAGAACGACUACAAUUUCAGAAGAUACAGAACGAGGAUGUGAGACCCGCCCAGCAAAGAGUGGUGUUCUGGAUGGCUGGAUUGUGUCUCGGUUCGAUGUGUAUUCUUCAGGCGACUCUGAACAUCGUCCUGAGACUGCACUCUGAUCCUCAGGCAGAGAGCAAUGAACUAGAUUGUUACAAUCAAACCGUAAAGAGAGACGAGCUGCUGAUUAGAUACAACAACCUGACUUUAGAGAGAGACGAGCUGCUGACCAGAUACAACAACCUGAUUGUAGAGAAAGGUGACAUCCUGACUAGAUUCAAUAAACUAAGAGAUGAACAGCAGCAAGCAAAAAUAGAAUUGGAGAAUGAAUUGGACAAAAUAAAAACCAACAGCAAAAAGAUUGAGUAUUUAGAGAAAGAAAGAGACCGCCUUCAAAACAUGUUGGAUGCUUUUGAUACGCAGAUGCACAGAUGGAUGCAAUUCGGCACCAGUGUUUACUACAUCUCGGUAAGGGGGAGCUGGACUGAGAGCAGACAGGACUGCACAGACAAAGGAGCGGACCUGGUGAUCAUUAACAGCAAAGAGGAACAGGACUUCAUCAACACACAGCUUGGCAUUAGUCCAGCUUGGAUUGGUCUGAGCCACAAUCAUGCAUGGAAAUGGGUGGAUGGUACACCACUGAGCGCCGGGUACAGGAUGAACGAGGCACUCAGGAGUUAUGGAACAGCCACAAAGUGUGGAAUAACUGUCCGCCAGGCAGAUGGAAAGCAGCACUGGACUGAUAAAAACUGUAAUGAGCGGUUUGUUUGGAUUUGUGAGAAAAAACGUUGAAAAAAGUUAUCUGUGUAAUAUAAAGUAUCAAUCACAUUCUAAUCACAUGUGCAGUAUUGCUAAUCAAAUUGUUCUUAACAAAGUAAAUAGGGGCGUAAUGUAUACUACAUAAUGCAUAGUGUCAUAAUGCAAAUCAUUAGCUUCUAGUUCAAUAUUUAUGUGGCAGCAGAUGAGAAACUAGAACCUAACUAGAAAUAUCAUCCUUACAACAUACAAGACUUAUGUAUUUAACAUUCUCAGAAUUGGCCUAGGGCUGUGUUCAUUUGUGUACUUUUUAUAUGCUUAAAUACCGCUUGUUCUUGUACUUUUAAUUAAACCUUGUAUAUUCUA